CCUUCCACCAAAAGGCCACGUGAUGCUUUGUUUGGUGUUUAGUGCUUACGUUGUUGCGAGUUUGAUUUCUUUUGGACUCCAAACAGGUUUCACAAUGGUUUCAUGGACACGGAAAAAGUGGUUUGUGUGAAUGGUUUUCCAUUUUGUGCGAUAAGUGGCCACCUGACAACCUCAAGUUCCUCGAGCCAAUUCUCGGCUCAGCGAAAAACCCGAGAAAUUUUGGCCGAAGCGGCCGUGCAAAACCGCGCAAUGAACCAAGCCAUGUUGGGCGAGACCGGAGCUCCAGGUGCUUCGAUCUGGGGUACGGUCUUCAAUUUGGCCAACAACAUCAUCGGUGCAGGUUUUCUGGCUUUGCCCUGCUGUGUGAAGCAAAGCUCAAUGGAAGAGUUUUCGCUGUGGCUGGUGGUCUUGGGCAGUGCUUCCGCCAAGUCCUUCUGGGACCUCGCCGUCUGCUGCGAGCUCACCGGCAGGAUGACUUACAAAGGCAUCGCCGAAGAUGCUGGAAGUCUCUACGGUAUUCGUUUUGGGCAGAGUUUUGGGACUUUUUGCCAAUCAUGGGCUAUGCUCUAUGCCACGCUCUCUUGUGUCUCUUACAUGAAAGUUGCCACUACCGUUCUUCCAGAGCUCACAAAGUUUGGGCAUCUCCUGAAGUUUGUGGAUUUGGGACACACAGAAGCAGUUGCGGCCCUUUUGAUCUUCAGCAUUGCGGUCCUUCCUCUUUGUUGUUUGACACGCAUUGGCCCUUUGUCCUAUUUCUCCUCGUUUGCCAUUGCUGUGACCUGUCUCAUGGUCUUCUAUGUGUCAGAUGUGUCAGUGAAGACCGUAGACCAGCCAUCCCACACCACGGAGCAUGAAGUGCUUGCAGCACUGCCAGCAAUGACAGUGGCCUUCACAGCACAUUACAAUGGGCCACGGUACUUCAAUGAAUUGAACCGAGAUCUUCACAGAUUUGGAUGGACUUUGAUUUGGGUCUUUCUUCUCUCAGGGCUCAUUUACUUGCUCUUUGGCAAUCUGGGUUUUCGGAUGUUUGGGACAGACACAAAGAGCGAUUUCUUGGCCAACUUGGACAAGAGCGCUGGAAAUUGCUUCAGAUGGGGAUAUCUCAUCAUCCUGUGGGCAGACUUUCCAAAGGUCUUCAAUGGGAUACGAGAACCUGUUUGCAACUAUGUGAAGGGCUCACAAAUGAUGAAGCAGCAACGCUGAAUGGGCUUAAUUGGUUUGGGCUUGCCUGGCCUAUCUUCUCGAAGCUUUUUGAUUACACUGUAGCAUUGUUUGCUUUCAUCUCUAUUUUGACCUACAUCUUGGUCAUUCAUUCCCAUGACACACUAGAAGCUAUUCUAAAUCUGAAAGGCAUCACUUUUGGAAUUCCCAUGGUGUACAUCUUCCCUUUGAUCUUUCGGAUCCUCUUGGACCAGUCGAUGAGAUCGAUUCACCUGCUACUGCUACUGUGUGUCUUCGUCGCUUACAUCGAAAUCGUCAUGCAUCAGUUCAAGUCCCAGAACGAGUCUCAUUGAAGGAUCGAAGGCGUUGACUUCUGACCAGCGGUUCGAUGAAAGCAAUGCUCACACAGCGAAUUUUUUUGACUCAAGAAUAACCUCCGGCUGACGAGGCAUCGCAAAAAUGUGAGCUUAUGUGGAGUAGAGAUAAUAUCCAAUACGAACAGAAUCAUGCAAAUAAUCGAAGAAUUCUGGGAACCGAAAGACACCUGAUGAUUGCAGUGC